GUCAUCGAGUGCAUCCAUGGAUUCCCAUAUUCUGGAUUGUACCCUUUGUUUUUACUCCCCAAAGGCGUGCAGUCUAGGUACCUUUUGUGAAAUAGAAUUUGAAGGAGAUGUUAGCAAGAUAACCAAGAAAAUGACUAUUGUAAGGGUGGAAAUGGACUCCUACAAAUGCAAAAGAAUUGGCAUUCAUUCUAUCGCAAAAGUAGAUGGUACAAUGUUGUUAUAUCAAAUUGGUCUUUUAAUUUCAGCUUCAAAAAUAUUAGGUUGUAGGAGGAUAAAAACAAGGGAAGUUAGUUUAUGUUCUAUGAUUAAAUCACACAAACUAGAUUACACUUCUGUCAGUUAAUCUUUUGGAAGCUAAUCUUUUUGUGAUAUUUUUGUAGAAUCUCAUGGGCAGAUGAUUCCAAAACCUUCAAUAUUCAUAACUCAUACGCACGAUAGAUUGUGGUCCACUUACGGUCCAUAGCAGCCCAUAAUCUAGUGGCUUGAUAUUACUUCUGAAAUUAUUUCAUCCACCCAUUCUAUAUUUCUUGUCUAGUGUGGUUUCAGAAUAUUGUUCAUUUAUUAGUGUUGUAGAACUCUCGGUUGCGACCCCUUGUUUUUGGUCCCCAAAGUCGGCAGCCUCGCUGUUGUGGAUUGGAAUUUGUGCGUCAUCUGACGGAGAUAUUUCGAAGAUAGGUGUGGGAGGACUGCCUUAAAUUUGCACUCUUUCCUCAUCUGAAGAAUACUAACAUGUUCUGUGCAGGUUUUCUUUCCUCAUCUGAAGAAUACUAACAGGCUCUGUGCAGGUAGUCAGGCUUGCAGGAAGAUUACCCAAGAUGUCUAAUACGACUGUUAUGAGGGUGGAUAUGGACUGCUACAAAUGCAAGAGAAUUGCCUUGCAGUCUGUCACAAAAAUAGAGGGAAUUGAUAUGAUUUCUAUCAAUAUGAAGGAGCAUACCUUAACUGUGGUAGGAGAUGCAGAUCCAGUGUGCAUUGUUAAUCAGAUAAGGAAGAAGUUCAAGUGUGCUCAAUUGCUUCCACCACCACCGCCACCACCAUCACCAGAACCAGCGCCAGCGCCAACACCAGAACCAGCACCAGCGCCAGCGCCAGAACCAACACCAGCUCCAGACCCAGCACCAGCUCCAGACCCAGCACCAGCGCCAGAAGCAGCGCCGGCGCCGACACCAGCACCAGAGCCAACACCAGCGCCUGCAGCUGAACCUCCACCUCCACCAGCACCGGCGCCAGCGCCAGUAGAGAUCCAUCGGGAGAUAGUUUACUAUCCUCAGUAUCCUCCAUGCAUGGGGUAUGCCCCAUCAUUUCCACCUGGACAAUAUUGUGGAUGUCCUGCAUGUUCAAGAAAAUCAGAUAUGCCAUGGCCUAUGCGCCCUCCUCUUACUUCUCCUCCUGAACAAGUCUAUGUGUGGAAGGAGGAGGAUCAAAAUUUCUGUACUAUUUGUUAGACCAAAGAUCUUCAUUCUGCCAUUUUUACUACAGAUUAAGUUAAUCUCAUCAUGAAAAUUAGAUCCA